AAAAGUACCAAUCAGAAAGCAGUUCAUUUUCAUUAGGAGAAAUUUUACGAGAAGGUAAAGUCCACAAAAGGAAUAAAAAUAAAUCAAAUAAUAAAUUUUUUGUAAAUGAAUAUAUCAAUAAAUUUAGUCCUAAUGAAAGUGAUAUUUUGAGAAUUUUAAUAAAGUUUUGAAUAUUAUUGAAAAAAAAAAUAAAAAAUUAAGGAAGUAAUCAAAAAUGUCAGGAGACGUUCAACCAAGAAAACGGAAAGAUAAAAAAAGAAAACGAGAUUCAAUAGAUCACAAGUCUGAGGCUGAAAUAACAUUUACACGUAAAGCAAGUUUGCAAUCAACGGAAGAAGAAGACGAAGGAAUACAUCAUGGAGUGCAUGCAACUAAAAUGGGUACAGACGAUGUUCACUUGCACGUUCAGAGUGACCAUGGAACUGGCGGGCAUUGGUGCGCUAAAAUAUUUUUCUUUUCAUUACUCGCUAUAUUAGUUGGACUAAUUGGUUUAAUAAUAAUGGAAAACAGAGGAUUAGCAGACUUGGAUACACCUCUGUCGGAAUCGAGAUAUUCAGAAUAUUUUGAAGGAUGGGUAGACGAACAUCGAGAAUCACAUGAUCACGAUCCUCAUGAAGUAGUAGCCCAUGAAAUUGAGGAACAUGAAGAGCAUGAUGAGCCUUUUGAAGAGGAAGAAGAUGUUUCUGAACCUGAAGAAGAAUUGGUAGAACAUGAAGAGGAUGAUGAGCAUGAUGAUGAGGACCAUGACGAUGAUACCGCGGAUGUAGAGGAAGAUGAGGAAGAAGCAGAUGAAGAUGAGGAUGAAGGUACCGCUGAAAAUGAAGAUGAAGAGAAAGAUAAUGUUACUCAGGAAGAUGUUGUAACUAAAGAAAACCAAGAAGAUGAAGAAGACGAAGAAGAAAGUAAACCAAUUUUUACACGUGUACGAAGAGCAGUUCCAUCACAAGAAGCUGAAGUUAGCAUUGAAGGAAAGGCAAUUGAAGAAACAAAAGAGACUGAUGUUGAUGAACAAGAAGAAGAUGGCAAUGAUGAGAAUGAGCCUUUUGAAGAGGAAGAUGAUGAUACCACUUUUGAAGUAGUUGAUAAUGACGCUGAAGAAAUUAAAAUUUUACAAGAGAAAGCUAGAAAAAUUCAAGAAGAAACUGAUGAUGUCGAGCCAGAAGUUGAAGAAGAAUCAUAUGUUUCUCCACUUGCUGUGAAAAUUCUGGUUGGGUUUGCCUUAGCCAUAGUAGCUCGUGUAGUAUUGAUUAAAAAUGGGAAUGUCGAUGAUAAAGCGAAAUCUAAGGCACCAGAGGAUGAUUUACCUGAAGAUGUUCUAAUGAAACGAAGAUUAACAGUGGCGUCACCCGAAAUGCUAGAGGAUGAUGAAAUUGUAGAAGAAUUAGAAGAGGAAGUGAUUGAAGAAGAAAUAGAGGAAGAGGUCGAAGAAAUUGAUGAGGUUGAAGAAGUUGAUGAACCAGAAGAAAAAAAAACAUCUUAUCGACCAGAAACAUUCGAAGAACUAAACGCAAUGUUUAAACCGAAAGCAGAACCUAUAAUUGCCGAAUCAUUUGCUAGUAAAGAUAAAAUAAAAGAUGCAGUAAAAGAGGAUGUAGAAAGGAAAUCGGUUCAAUCAACCUCGCAAAACGAGACCAGAAAACAAACCGAAGCAGAUAAAGGGGUUUCUCUACCAAAUGUUAAGAAAGAACACUCAACGAAUUAUGAAGAUAAAUUUGAUGAAGGUGAAGAAGAACAUGGUGUAGGAGAAGCGUUAGAUGAAGAAGAAGCAUAUGAGGAAGAAUUGGGAUCCGAAGAAGAAGAACUAUCUGAAGUUGAUGAUGAUGAUUUAAUGGAACGUUUAGAACAAAAAUAUGGAAAAUUACCAGAUAGAUCAGAAGUCUAUGAUAGUGAAGAAGAAAACAUUGAAAUUGAUAAAUCUUGGACAAAAAUAAAACCCCGUUCAGGUGGAGGUCCACAAGCGUUCGAAACAGAAGAUGAAUAUAUAGAAGAGCAAUUGCGAAGAGCAAACCAACAUAUGCUCCAAGAUAAUAUUGAUAACGCUUUAAAAAUUUAUGAAUCCUUAAUCCUGAAAAAUCCUGAUUCUUAUGGAGCGUUUCUUGGCAAGGCAGUUGCAUUAGAUAAACUAUCAGAACAGCAGAAAAGUAAUAGCAAAUUAAAAGAUGCUAUUUUUGCGUACAAAAAAUAUUUGGCUUUUGGGGAUGAUAUAAAAGAUGACGUAACAUAUCGUAAAACAGCUGAACGUUGUAUAGAAAGGAUGAGAUUUUUAGGACUUGUUUCCCAAGCUGUAGCGAUUCACGAAAAUUUGAUUAAUCGUUUUCAAAAUGAUUUAAAAUUACAAAAUGAGUUAGCAGUCACAUAUUUAUUGAACAAUCAACUCCGAGAGGCAAAAAUUGUACUUCAUAAUACUUUAAUGAAAUGGCCGAAUGAUGGAUUUGCAAAAGUUCAUUACGGGUUUGUAUUAAAAAAUUUGGAUCGCGAUUUGGAAAAUGCUGUGAAUUAUUUGAAAGAUGGCAUCAAUUCUAAUCAGAAUGGAACACAAGAUGGGCGCUUUUAUUUUAAUUUGGGCGAAGCAUUGCAACGUUUAAAUCGUUCUGAUGAAGCUAUGGAAGUAUUUAGAAAAGGUGCUAAAAGAAAAUUAUUUCCAUCGGAAUAUCAAAGAUCUCUAUAUAAUGUAAAUAAUUUAAGGGCUAAACCAUUUUGGUUGAAAAAGGAAUUUCCAAAUGAUUAUCAGGACUUUUUCUCAAUGUUAGAAAGGAAUUGGAGGCAAAUACGUGAAGAAGGAAUUAAUGCAUUGAAUGAAAAAAAAUAUUUUAUAGAUGAAGCUGAAAAUUUGAAAGAUAAAGGUGAUUGGAAGCAGUUUGAGCUAUAUGCUCAAGGAAUAAAAAAAAUAAAAAAUUGCGAAAAAGCUCGUGUAACAUGUGCAUUGAUAGAAACAUUUCCACCAGCAAGAUAUUGUAGACGUGGUCAAACUAAGUUUAGUAUUAUGGAUGAAGGGACACACGUUUGGCCUCAUUGCGGUCCAACAAAUUGUAGGCUUAGAGCUCAUUUAGGCUUAAAAGUGCCAAGUGGUACCAAAAUUCGUGUAGCUAAGGAUUUAAAAACGUGGGAGGAAGGAAAAUUUUUAAUUUUUGAUGAUAGUUUCGAACAUGAAGUCUGGCAUAAUGGAACCAGUCCUAGAUUAGUUUUAAUAGUAGAUAUCUGGCAUCCAGAUUUAAGUGAAUCAGAACGCAAAAGUCUUUCUCCAAUAUAAAAAAAAUUCCUGUAAGAAAACAAUAACAUUAACUUGAGGUUUUGCCUUAUAAACCAAAGAGAAAAAAGGAAAUUUUAUACGAUUAAACAAUGGCUUACAUUAUAAGGCUAUUUAAUAAUUUAAUUAUUUUUUUUAAUACCAAUUUUUAUGCUGUGUUAGUUUUAAUAUAAGAUCGACUCGUAGUAUGUUAAGAAGCAUUUUGUAUCUCAAAGAUCUAAAGUAAAAAAAAUCAGUAAAAUUUUCGAAUAGUUUUUGUACAAAUGAUCCUUAAAUUUACAAUAAAGAAAAAUGAUGAUUUUUUAUGUUUUUAAGUAUUAGAUAUAAAAUUGAAA